AUGCUGUUAACCAUAUCGGGAAUGGCGUACCUAUUCAUGCCGUACUCGAGCCAACUCUGGCAGCUGUAUCUGUUGGUGUGGAUCAGCUUCUUCGGCGCCGGCGUGACUGACAUCGGUAACAACGUGUGGCUCAUCGAGAUGUGGCAACAACAGUGCGGACCUAUACUCCAAAUGUCUGGCUUCGCCUACGGUAUAGGCAUUAUCAUCGGUCCGCUCAUCGAUAAGCCAUUCCUCACCGGACACAUCGCCGCCGACGAUAUCAACGCUACGGUGCUUACGGUUGUCGACCGGCGCAGUCAAAUCAAAAUACCCUAUUAUAUCAGCGGUAUUAUCACAAUCAUAGGCGCACUUCUAUUGGCAAUAAUGUUGAUAAUAGAAAAAUACGAGUAUUUACCCCCGCGGGACACAUACGAAGACAUUGACAGCAACGACAAGACCAGCUCUUCGGCGGCCAAGAAGUCGAGAAAUUCGGUGAUAAUAUUCGUGAUUUUGAACGGAAUAUUCUUAGCGUUCUAUAUGUCGACCGAAAUUCUAUACCUGGAGUUCAUCUCCACUUACUUACAGUACAUACCAUUGAAACUGUCGGCUAAGAAAGCGGCCGAAAUAGCGUCGGCGUCGGCCCUAUGCUAUACCAUUGGCCGCGGGAUCAGCGCAUUGGUCGCCAUCAAAGUGAAGCCGCAGCGACUGAUCCAAAGUCACUUUUGUAUCAUUUUUAUAGCCAUGUCUAUCAUUAUAUUUGGCCAGCAGUAUAUCGCGCUGGUAUGGGUCGGCUGCCUGUCCGCCGGCUUUGGCUUUUCGCCCAUUUAUGCGGCCAUUUAUAGUCUCAUUAAACAGCAUAUGGAGGUCGACGACAAGGUUGCGGGCUUUUUGCUGUUUAGCACCGAUAGUAUCAAUGUUUUGCUGCCCUAUGUGUUGGGUUUGCACAUCGAGACAAUGCCCGACCUCUUCAUCUAUUUGAUUGUCUUUAACGUCUUCAUCAGUGUUGUGGUCUUCGCCGCCAUUGUCUAUAGUGUCCGGAGUCAACCUCUUCAGCGUCAACAGCGCAGCCCAUCUGAUCCAAAACACUACCUCUUGAGUGAAUGGCCAUCAGAUAAUACAAGAACAAUCAAUACGCUUGCAUUCCCACCAACCAGUGUCCAGUCACCUGUGAUCACGCCAUCAGCAAUAUCUUGUUACGUACUGACGGGCCUACAGAGCCUGCGGUGCCCGUCAGACCUAUUCUGGGUUAAAUGGUUAGUGCAAAUUAAGCUGGAGCAACCUCAACGACCCAGGCCUCGCGUCCACCAAAUACUAGUCACUCCUAACCCCUCUCUGCGGGGCGAGCGGUGGUGGCGGCGAACUAACCUAACCUUAACCCACGGUUCGCCGCCUCCCAUACCCACCGACAACCAUAGCCUAAUAGGUCUGACGGGCACCGCAGGCUCUGUAGGCCCUCGGGACGGGGAAUGGAAUCCCGAUAAACCCACCCCUCCCAUACCCUACCGAUAUUACAUUAAUUCUGUAGAUAACGUAAUACCGAUCACAAUCCCGGUCACAGAUUCUGGGGGGAAGCCUGACAGUUGGGGAGGGUUGUCAGAUCGUCAUCAUCACUGA